UGAUUUGAAUGUACAAACUUAUAAAGUGAAUAACGAAAUCUCUGCGCUUAUUACUACAGCCAAAGGAAUUAUGGACACAGUUGAAUAAAAAUUGUUUAACACCAUAACGGAAAGCUACAAAAUUCCUGUGACUAAUCUUUGUUUAUAUUAUUCCAAGUUGCUACCACUCAUACGAACGGAACGUAUUUCUAGCGAAAAGUCACGUAGGCCACCGAUUCGAGAGCGCGCGUGUUUGUAUUAUUAUAAAUUAUAACCUGAUAAAUAUAACUAAGUUACGUGCAAAAGAAAUGUGUUUCCGUUAAAUUGACGAAAUGGAAGACUUCACGAACAAUCCAGGAGUGGUAGUAGUUCGAGCUAAACCCGAAGGGCAGAGGAAAACUUUUAAGCCGAACAUUCGCGCUGUUAAUAAAAUUCCUGAUGAAUUAUUAAAUGAUCCUAUGCUAAAUAGAGCUUGUGAAUCAUUACCUCAAAAUUAUAAUUUUGAGGUUCACAAAACGAUAUGGAGGAUAAGAUCGUUAGGAGCGAAGAGAGUGGCGUUGCAACUGCCAGAAGGCCUAACGAUGUUCGCAACAACUUUGUGUGAUAUUAUUGAAACCUUCACUGAAGCAGACACGGUUAUUAUGGGUGAUGUUACAUAUGGAGCCUGCUGUAUCGAUGAUUUUACAGCACUCGCCCUCGGUGUCGACCUUCUCGUACACUACGGACAUUCUUGUCUUAUUCCCAUUGACCAAACUGGUGAUAUCAAGGUUCUGUACAUAUUUGUAGAUAUAAAAAUAGAUCCAUCACAUUUUGUAGAAACUAUUAAAUUAAACUUCCCCAAGAGAACCCACUUGGCUUUAGUUAGUACUAUACAAUUUGUUACAACAUUACAUUCUGUAGCUAAAAAUCUGAGGACCGAAGAAUACAUAGUCACGGUGCCACAGUGUAAACCACUAUCUCCUGGGGAGAUUCUUGGCUGUACCGCACCAAAGUUAAGUGCAGAUGCCAUUGUGUACCUUGGUGAUGGACGGUUCCAUUUAGAAUCUAUAAUGAUUGCAAAUCCAAAAGUUCUUGCUUACAAAUAUGAUCCCUAUGAUAAAAAAUUUACAUCAGAAAUAUAUGAACAUGAAUUGAUGCAAGAAAAUAGGCAGAAUCAGAUUAAAACAGCAGAAGGCUCUGGAAGCUUUGGUUUGAUUUUGGGAACUCUAGGCAGGCAAGGGAGUACUAAAGUAUUGAGUAAUUUAGAAAAACAGAUACGGAAUUCAGACAGAAAAUAUGUAAAGAUUCUUUUGUCUGAAAUAUUUCCAAGUAAACUAGCGUUAUUUAGACUAGAUGCAUUUGUGCAAGUUGCAUGUCCUAGGCUGUCAAUCGACUGGGGCAUGGCUUUCCCAAAGCCUUUACUUACUCCAUAUGAAUUUUCUGUAACUUUAGGAAAUAGUAAAUGGUUAAAAGAAGAUGGGACGUAUCCUAUGGAUUUUUAUUCAAAUGACAGUCUUGGGCCAUGGACUCCUAAUUACAAGCCAGUGUUAUGUUCUGGUACAGAUAAAAAGUGUGAUAACUGUUGCGGAGGAAAAGGAAAAUAGAGUACUUACGGCAACAUCUCGGGGUACUACAGCGGCCGUUUCUCUGGCUUGGGCAAACACUUGCGAAUCCAAGAACUUUGAAGGAAAUGUUUCGGCAAAGUUCUGAAUUGGAAUGUUCUUGGUGUCAGGUCUGAAAAGGUGAUGAUAUAAAUUCCCUACAUAGAUAAGUUGAUUGUAAUGAUUUUUUCCAUUACAUAUUUAAAAUGUGGAUGAAACAAAUUCUCAAAUGUGAUAGUGUACCCCAAAUUGAUACUCUAGAGAUGAGUCUAUGGCAUUUUAGAGCUAGAUAAGAGCGGUAGUAGAGGACAAAAGGUGGCAAAUUGAUGAAAUUUUUUAUCAAUCAAAACAAGGGACUGCUUAUUUUGUGUGUGAUGUUUAUAAUCACCAUAAUUAAAGUUAUGUAUAUAACAAAAGUAAUCAGCCACACAAACAUCAAAAACAUACUAACGAGUAUGUAAUAAAUAACACUUGGCAAUAUUGAUUCACUAGAACUUUAAAUAUGUUUAUGUUGUUUGGUCUUUAAUAAUCGGGAGAAAUUAAUAUUAAAUCAAACCUACUAUACUUUAAAAGAUGUAUAAAAAUGAUUUAAAAUUUUAUUGUGAGGCAAAUAUUAUAAAAAGCUUCAAAAAUAUGUAAAAUAUAUGUACCUGUGCAUGAGAGCUACUGAGUAGCAAUAGUUGAAGAGCUGAGGGUUCAAGUUGCCCCGUGCGUACACGCAUGUCGACAGCAAGUCCUGCAACUGGUCCGUUGGGACACCUAGAAAAAUGUGUUACUAAAUGAAAUGAAAUAAAUUUUUAUUAUUUAUA